CCUGUCCCGAGAGAUCUAUAAGAAGAGGCCACCCAACACCUCUGGAACCUGUUCUCUUUUUCUCAUCAUUACAACAUCAGCCUAUCAAGCAAUUACACCUUCAAUCCAAUAGCUCCAAUAACAAAUCUUCCCCCAAUCAUCCCACACCCCACCAACCUUCAACAUGCCUACCGAAGCUCAGAUCGCCGGCGGCCACAAGGCCAACAUCAACAACCCCAACACCUCUGAGGAGUCCAAGCAGAACUCCAGGAAGAUUCUCGAGGAAGAGUUCAACGGCGGCGACGUCCCCAAGGCUGGCGAUAACGAGCAGAAGAACCCCGGCAAUGUUGCUGGUGGGCUCAAGGCUACCCUGAAGAACCCCAACGUCUCUGAUGAGGCCAAGGAGUCUGCUAAGGAGCGUCUUGACAAUAUGUAAAGCGGCAGUGUUCUAAGAAGCCAAUACCCCUUCAUCCAUUUAUUGGGAGCGGAGAAUAGGAAAUGAGAUUUUUUCUUUUAACGGACAAGUCAAGCCUUGUAUCUUAGACACUAUCGCCCGAGGUAUUCGGGCCGUUAUGAGGACUUCAUUGCCAUUACUUGUCACUUUCCAAUGUUAAUAAUACCUGUGAUAACCACCGCAGCUCAAUCCUUAAAUGCUAGUUGUCACAAAAUUGAAACCGGUGCCAUAGUCAAAAGUUGUUUACGACAUUAUCUGACAAUUAUUUGAC